AACAGGAAGUACUCCGCUGAGUUACGUGUCACGUCUAGAGGUUCUGUACACAAAUACCACAGGCUGUUUAAUUUGGACCACGAGAUGUAAUAAUUGUCAAACACCGGACCUUAGAGACUUUCCUCAGAUACACUACAGUUUGUAUUUAAAUCGCUUGCAUUGAUGGCUUGUGACAGAUCGUGAGGCGGAGAGAAACAGCAAUCAGAAUGAGCGGAGCGGCUCUUGCGCUGGAGGUGGUGGUGGUCUUCUUCCUCGCCCUCUUCCUGCUUCAUCGCUAUGGAGAUUUCAGGAAGCAGCACAGGAUGGUGCUGUUCGCCACCCUCCUCGCCUGGUUCCUGUGCUUUCUCAUCGUCUUCAUACUUCCACUGGACGUCAGCACGACCAUAUAUAACCAGUGUAAGAUUGAUAAUCAGGUGCACCAGGUGGCAAGCGACACUUUGAGCCCUGAUAACUCCUCCAACUCUUCAGUACUUCCAACACAAAAGAUACCUAGUAAGAUCUGUUUUAAACCAUGGAGUUACAUCCCAGAUGGAAUCCUGCCAGUGUUUUGGAGGGUUGUGUACUGGACCUCACAGUUUUUAACCUGGCUUUUGAUUCCCUUCAUGCAGUCGUAUGCACGUUCGGGAGGUUUCUCGAUCUCAGGGAAGAUUAAAACGGCUCUUAUAGAAAACGCCAUUUAUUAUGGCACAUACCUGCUCAUCUUCUGCUCUCUGCUCAUCUACGUUGCCGUCAGCCCGCAGUGGCAUCUCUCCUGGUAUGACUUGCGAACGAUCGGCAUCACAGCGGCCAAUACCUGGGGUCUAUUCCUGCUGGUGUUGUUGCUUGGAUACGGCUUGGUAGAAAUCCCGCGCUCUUAUUGGAGGGCAUCGUGCCAUGGGCAUCUGCUGGCAAAGACGUAUUUUAAAGCAGCAAAGUUAAUGACGGAAAAAGCGGAUGCUGAGGAAAACCUGGAGGAUGCCAUGGAGGAUGUCCGAAGAGUUAAUGAAACUAUCAAAUACAACCAUCCGCUGAGAAAGUGCAUCGAUACUAUUCUGAGAAAGUGUCCUGUAGAGUACCAGGAGAAGCUGGGCAGGAACAUGGACGAUUAUGAGGACUUUGAUGAUAAAGGAAAUCCUUACCCUAGUAAAACGAGUUUAGUCAAACUACA